UGAAUACUAACGUAAUUAUUAUUAUUUUACGUAGGUAUAACAUUCCGAGUGACUGCACCGCUUUGUGAUGUCUACAAAUUGUCGAUGCGCAGCGUCACUAAGCGUUACGGUCAUGACGCAAUCGUGUUGAUUUGAUCAAAACUGCGCCCACUGUUCUGUCUUUCGAAAGAAUUCAGACGCAAAUACGAAAUCACAUUUGAAUUGAUCGCACACCCCCAUCCAAAAACAAAAAAACAAACCAAAAAAAAGAAUAAGACAGUGUUAUGGUCACUGUAGCAACGUCGUGACAUCGUUGCCAGUCUUGCAGAUGAAACAUUUAAAACGAGUAGCUUACAUUUGAUUGGAGCUGCACUACAUAACGCCUGACAAACUCAAAAUUUCCACGCUGUUGUUGGUGAGAUAAAUCUUUUGAUGACUGACAAAUGCGCUUUUUAAUCACUGCAAACAUGAUUCCCUAUAUUAGUUCUUCAUGUUUUGUAGUACAUUAUAAAAUGAGUACGUGUCACGCUUCCAGCCAAAUAAACCGUGAAUAAAUCCACAAAGCAAUCCAAUUUCUGUGAAGGAAGCCCCGCCCCUGAGUUUGUUGUCAUGACGACGCCUAACUAAAACGCCUGCUGGAAAACGCUGGUACGCUUUGAGUUGACGCGAAAGUGCCGCCUGUACAAAUCAGACGAUUGUACAAAUGUGCGCGAGUUGGCGUUGUUUUGUUAUUUGAGCUCCUUUUGUCGUCGGAAUAUGUCGGAAGUGCACAAAGACAAAGCUGUCAAAAGAGACAAGAAGACCAGCAAGGUGCCUUCGGAGGGAAGUCACGGAGUCAAAAACACGGCCGGCAAGACCAAGGACUCUUUAAGCAACGUGUCCUGCAUCGAUGAACAUCACGAUGAGCGGAUGGUGGUCACGCUUGAGAACACCUACCAGCUAGGCCCUCGCAAACGCUUCCCUGCCCCUGCUGUUGUGGAAAUCCUCAAGGAUGUGCUCGCAAGCUACCUCGAAGAGGAGAAAUACGAAGUGGAAUGGGCACGGCAAAUGGCCAAAACCGUAUGCGAGGUGAUACGAGCCCGUGUCAAGGAGCUCAUGAUCCGCAGGUACAAGGUGGUCGUCUCGGUUCACGUCGGGCAGCUGGCCGGGCAGAGCAUGCAGAUCAGCAGCCGCUGUCUGUGGGACCCGUCCAACGACACCUUUGCGUCGUGGUCUUUGAAGAACACUUCUCUGUAUGGAGUGGCCAGUGUCUAUGCCGUUUACUUUGAGUGAAGCAAACGUUCCCUUGGCUAUUGCUUGAUUUCCAUACAUCUAACAAAGAUCAAAUGCGUCACCAACA